AAAAGGUCCUGUCACAACUUUUACAACCUCCACAGCUUCUUGACCUGUUGUGUUCAUUCAAGAAAUCAACAGCAACGACAACGACAACGACAACGACAAAAAAGAAUCAUUAAGCAAAUAAUAUUUCCUUAAUACCAUCCAUACAAUACCAAAUGAGUCCCUCAGCGACGUCAAAAGCAGCUGAUGCAGUUGCAGAAGCCCUCAGGGCUGAUCAGGCCACAUUCACCAAGAACUUGAAGGAACUCUCAACAAUGCUCAAGGACAUUGAGACCAAACUAAAGCCUACCAUUGCAAAAUUAGAGUCAAAGGAGAUUGAUACAUCAAAAGGACUGUCGUUUCUAGAAGUCAAAUAUCACAUUCUACUGGAAUAUAUCACAAACUUGGCAUUUGUCAUGUACAGGAAACUCGAGGGUCAGUCCAUCAAGGAUCAUCCUGCAGUCAUGGCCUUGAUUGAACAGAGAAUCAUUCUCGAAAAGAUGAAGCCCGUGGAACAGAAACUCAAAUAUCAGAUUGACAAGUUGGUUCGUGCUGCAGUGGUCGGACAGCAACAGCAACAAGAUAAUGAUACGCCUGUCAGCGCGGGAGUCGCUGAUCCAUUGUCGUUCAAACCAAAUCCAAAGAACUUGCUUGCGGACAGUACAGGAAAUGAUGAAGGAGAUGUGGAUGAAGAGGAGCAGGAUGAAAAGUCAUCCUCAACUACGGGAGUCUACAAAGCACCCAAGAUGGUCCCUGUUCACUUUGAGGAGGAUUCGAGUGCGGUGGCCAAGAGACUGAAAUACCAGGCUAGAUUACAGGCCCGUGCUGUCAAGUCACGCGUCAUGAAGGAUUUGGUCUCGGAGUUUGAUGAUCGUCCAGAGGAGAUGUCGCUCAGCAACGAAGGCGUUCAUUUUGGUAUGGGCUUGGAUGAGAAACAACGUGAGCGUGAGAGAUAUGAAGAAGAGAAUUUCACAAGAACAAUGUUGUCCAAGAAGGAGCUCAACCGUUUGAAGAAGGGUGCUCUUCCUCGUUUCGAGAACGAGUUUGAGAACCUGAAUGAUUUUGCACAGAUCGCACCACUACAGGAUGAUCUCGAAACGGAUGAUCAACGUCGUAGAAAUAUUAUGGCCCGUCGUAACGAGCGUAAACAGGCAGCAAUGGCAAGGAACAGUGAUGAUGAAGAUGAGCAGGAUGGUGGUUCGAGGAGUCGGAAGAGAUCGUAUGCGGAUGAAGGUCUCUUUGAUGGACUCAUCUCUGAUCCAUCAAAGAAACGCAAGGGCAGGACCGCUUUUGACAAGAGCAAACGAAACCUCAACAGAAAGGGCAAAGGAAGGAAGUGAGAAAAAGAAAAAGAAAACAAGCUUCUCUUUCAGAAAAAAGCAUUACCUUUUACACUCAUCCAUAUUACUUUUAUUUUUGUUCUACUCCUGUAGAU